AUGCCGCAAAAGCCGAUGCGCCUGCCGCCUGUGAGCGUCCUCCGUGUCAAGCAGCCCAACAAGAAGCCCGAGAACCCGUGUAUCGCCGUCAUGACCUCUGUCCUUGCCUGCUGGGCCUCCGCCGGCUACCACACCCAAGGCUGCGCCGCCCUCGAGAACAGCCUCCGCGCCUGCAUGGACAAGCCCAAGGAGUCCAAGAAGCCCUCCUCCCCGAUCAACUACCACCUCGGCCGCAUGAAGGACCGCGUCGUCCCCCACUCCAAGGACGUCAAGCCGACAAAACGCAACUUGUAA